AUGCGCUUGAUUAACACCAAAACGCAAGCCCAAGAGCAGUAUGAAUCGACCAGCGCGCCACCGUAUGCCAUUCUGCCGCACACUUGGACUGAGUACGAGAUCACCUAUCAAGAUGUAGCAACAGGAUAUGGACCCGGUAAAGAAGCAGAUACUUGCUGCAUCAGGAAUGUCGCCCAGAUAACAACGCCCUAA